CAGCGAUUUCUAAAGGGUCAAAAAAGCAUUGUAAUCUCAUGUGCAUUAUCUCUGUUUAUAAGUAAAUUGCAUGUUAAUUUUGUUCAGAUCAGUCUAGAAUUGACGUCUCUAUCGGUCGCAAUGAAAUCGGAGUGUUUGGUGAUAGUUUUAAUGUUUUUUCUUUUUGAAGAACAUCCGUUUACUGAUGCUAACUCAAUCAAAGAUUUGCAACAGGAUCCAUCUAAUCAGUUUAUUAAAAGCGAAUGCAAUGAGUAUUGCUUUUUGAUUUUUAAGCCUGUUCUUGAUCAUUUCGUACAACUUAAAGUAGCUUCUGAUACCAACCAGGAACUGAAAAGUCAAGUAAAUACCAUGAAAGAGACUAUAUUACACUUGCAGAGUCAGUUGGCAAUGAAAGAAGAAUUUAUAAAUGCGAAAAAUGAGCAAGCCAAGGCCCACGAUGAACACCUUAAAAAUAGAGAUGAACAAAUAUUGGACCUAAGAAAUCAUAUUAAAUCGAUUGAGACAUCUCUAACUGAAAAAUCGAAACUGCUUUUGGAAUGCCAGAAAGCAGAUGACAAUUUACCUGACUCAUGUCCCAGUGGCAGUCCCAAUGGCAUUUACCAAAUAAAACUUCGCGGCCUUGAAGCAUUUAAAGUGCCUUGCGUGUCGUCUCCAUCUGGUUGGACUGUGAUUCAGAGGCGUCUUGACGGAUCCGAGAACUUCGAUCGAAACUGGGAUGAUUAUAAAAGAGGAUUUGGGAACAUAAGCGGAGAAUUUUUCAUUGGACUGGAAAAAUUGCAUCGGAUGACAGAAGCACGACCCCACGAACUCUACAUCAAGCUUGGGAUGGUUAAUGGAUCCACCAGCUACGCUCAAUAUGACGACUUUAAAGUUGGCCAUGAGGACGAAUUUUACCAGCUUAAAAAUCUAGGAAAAUAUUCUGGUAAUGCCGGAGACUCCCUUACAGUCCAUAAAAUCCAAAAGUUUUCCACAUUUGAUCGGGAUAAUGACGAAUAUAACGGAAAUUGCGCUGGGAAUGAAAAUGGUGGUUGGUGGUUUUACAGCUGUUCUAUAAGUUCCCUCAAUGCAAAAUAUUAUAAAGAUGGAAAAUAUGUAGAUGGUGGAACUUCAAACUCAAUAAAUUGGGGUACAUGGCAUAACUACGACUGGAACAUAUCACUUACCUUUGUGGAAAUGAUGAUUAGACCUACAUCAUUGUGAACUGCAGUUCUUAACUAUCAAAAACCAUAAUUUCAAUCCAAAAGUUGUGAAUUUAAUAAUCUUAAUUCUGUCAGUUAUAAACUAUUUUGCUUUCGAUCAAAUGUAAGUUUCGGAGAGUUCAAAAUAUUCCUGUAUUCCAUUACUACGAUUACUAUGAUUACGAUUAUCUAAGAGGCGCUAAUGGUGCUUGAUUCUGGCUGAAUAUUACAUCAUGUAAUGAAUUUUUAUGCGAUAAAUGAUUUAAUAAUAUUUUCUUGCUA